UGGUUAUAACCUCAAAACAAAAAGAGGAAAGUAGAACAGCUGCUAGGCAUUCGCCACGGAUUUGUGCAAAUAAAUUUGGUUUAUUUUUUUGCUUGGCAGCCUUUAAAAUGAGUAGGAAUUACCAGGAAGAUCAAACUAAUGAAAUUGAAGCACUCGACUCCAUAUACUGCGGAGAUAUGCAGAUAUUGGAAACAGAGCCGCUACACAAAUUCCAAAUACCCAUCGCCACAGAGGAAUUUGACAAAGAAACUCAGGAGAAUGGUAUAAGUUGUAAUCUUAUAUUCACCUACACACCAACUUAUCCAGAUGAGGCGCCCAAUGUGGAAAUCGACGAACCGGUGAACUUUGAAGAUGGCUACGAAAAGCGCCUUUUGGAACACUUGCAGACCUCAAUUGAGGAGAAUAUGGGCAUGGAAAUGAUUUUCACUUUGGUCAGUACUGCCCAGGAGUGGCUAAACGAAAGAUGGGAUGAUUUUAAGCAAGCCAAGGAGGAUGAAAGAGAGCGCAAAUUGCAGGAAGCGGAGGAGGCGGAACUCAAAAGGUUUGAGGGCACACGCGUAACGGUGGAGACCUUCAUGAAAUGGAAAACGGAGUUUGAGGAAAGUACAGGCAUAGCGGCCAAACGUGAAAAACUGAGCGAUGGCAAAAAACUCACUGGCCGUGAGCUAUUCAUGCGUGAUACUACCCUCAAUGAUUCAGACAUCAAAUUCCUCAUGGAGGCUGGUGACAGUAUUGAGAGUGUGAAAAUCGACGAGAGUCUCUUCCAAGCUAUUGGUGAUAUUGACUUGGAUGAUGAAGACGACGAGGACGAUGAAGACUGGGUGCCUGGCGAUGAUGAUUAGAGCAGAAAGAAAACAAAAUGCACAGAUUCCGUGUUUUUGUAAGGUUUUUUUUUUUGUUAUAUUUUUGUAUAAACCGAAUAUAUGGGGUUAUGUAUUUAGAAAAUGCAAGAAAUUAAAAAGUUGGUAAAUACUAAAAAACAACGAAAA